GCGGGGAAGGAGAUUGGGUUUCUCUUUUUGUCGGUCUAGAGGGAGCUUGAGUCGGGAAGUGAGUCUCCAGACGCCGGCGAGCUUCGGGUGGUUCGGGCCGGCCGGGCGUGGGGGGUGUCUUGGGCCGCCGAGCAGGACAGGCGGGCGGUGGGCCGCGCUGCCCCGCCCCUGCCUCCGCUCUCACGGUCCUCCGCCAUGGCCGCCCCCAAGCCCAGUCUUGGCUCGGGUUCAGGUCUCUGGGUAGUGGAAACUCGUGUUGAGCACUUUUCAUCGCAGCCCUGGGAGGGGACCCCAAAGCAGCAGGGACGUCUGUGUCGGUACUGGCCUUGAGAGGAGGCUGGCGCUUCCUCCUGUGAACUUGAACUCCGCAUCCAUGCCCAGAAUACGCAUUGUAUAAAGUGAUGCCACCAAGAAGAAAAGAGAAAUACAGACUUCCUGUUCCACUUCCAGAAGGCAAGGUCCUGGAUGAUGUGGAAGGAAAACAGUGGGUGCUGGGCAAGAUGAUUGGCUCUGGAGGAUUUGGUUUGAUAUAUUUAGCUUUCCCCAUAAAUAACCCAGAUAAAGAUGCAAGGCAUGUAAUAAAAGUGGAAUAUCAAGAAAAUGGCCCAUUAUUUUCAGAACUUAAAUUUUAUCAAAGAGCGGCCAAAAGAGACUGUAUCAAAAAAUGGAUAGAACUCAAACAGCUUGAUUAUUUAGGAAUUCCUCAGUUUUAUGGAUCUGGUAUUGCUGAAUUCAAGGGAAAAAGUUACAGAUUUAUGGUAAUGGAAAGACUGGGAAUAGAUUUGCAGAAGAUCUCAGACCAGAAUGGUACUUUCAAAAAGUCAACUGUCCUGCAGCUAGGUAUCCGAAUGUUGGAUGUACUGGAAUAUAUACAUGAAAAUGAAUAUGUUCAUGCUGACAUAAAAGCAGCGAAUCUACUUUUGGGUUACAGAAAUCCACAUCAGGUUUAUCUUGCAGAUUAUGGACUUUCCUACAGAUAUUGUCCCAAUGGGAACCACAAACAGUAUCAGGAAAAUCCUAGAAAAAGCCAUAAUGGGACAAUAGAGUUUACCAGCUUGGAUGCUCACAAGGGAGUAGCCCUGUCCAGACGAAGUGACCUUGAAAUCCUCGGCUACUGCCUGCUGCGGUGGUUAUGUGGGAGACUGCCCUGGGAGCAGAACCUGGAGGACCCUGUGGCUGUCCAGACAGCUAAAACAAAUCUGUUGGAUGAGCUGCCUGAGUCGGUGCUUAAAUGGGCUCCUUCCGGAAGCAGUUGCUGUAAGUCAGGUGAAAUAGCCCAGUAUUUGGUAUGUGCUCAUAAUUUAGCAUAUGAUGAAAAGCCAAACUAUCAAAUGCUCAAGAAAAUUCUGAACCCAAGUGGAAUACCUUUAGGACCACUGGAAUUUUCCCCUAAAGGAGAGAGCUUAAAUGUGCGUCCUCCAAAUAAUCAAAAGGUUGAUUCACGAAAGGCUGCAACAAAGCAAGUCAAUCAGACGCAAAAUAGGUUACUAGAAAAAAAAGGCCACAGUGAGAAAAGUGCUGAGUCCUGUGCAACGUGGAGAAAAGUGCAAGAGGAGGAGAAGCUGACUGGGUUGUUCAACAGUGAAACAGCACAGGAAAGCACAAGGAGAAGACAAAAACACUGUGAGUCUCAAGAAUUUCUGAAUGGAGUAAAAAGUUCUCCACAAAAAUCCAGCUGUAUACAGUUCCCUAAUUCAUUUUAUGAACCCCAUCAAGAUUUUACCAGUCCAGAUAUGUUCAACAAGUCAAGCUCUCCAUCUUGCUACACGUACACUUCUACAACUGGUAUGGAGGUCACAGAAUUAGAUAGUUCUACAGGAUUUUGGCUUACAAUUUCCCAGUUUACUCUUAGUGAAGAGAUAAAGGCAGAUGUAUAUUAUUAUGGCUUCACCAUUCUUCUUCUUUUGAUAUUAGUAUGUCUUGCUUUAUAUUUUCUCUAAAGAUAUCAAAUAAAAUCCUUUUGCUAAUUUAA